CUCGGCUCGGCAUGGCUCGGCGUGGUUCGGCACGGCUCUGCACGGCUCGGCUCGACUUGGUUCGCCGCGGCUGGGCUCGGCACGGCUCGACUUGGUUCGGCUCGUCUGGGCUCGGCACGGCUCGGCUAGGCUCGGCUAGGCUCGGCUCCGUUCAGAGCCGGACAGAGCCCAGCCGCGCUCCCGGCCCCGUGCUUCGGCGGAGCGACAGCCUCCCCUGCCGGCCAACGCGCACCGCCGCUGUCCCGGGAUGAGGCGGCACGGCACGGCACGACCGGGACGGAGCACGGAGGGGAGGGGGCUGCACGCACCGGGCGGGAGGUCCCCACGGCCGAGGGGACCCGGCAGGAGCUGUGCGUGCCCCAUCCCUGGAGGUGCCCGAUGCCAUGGAUGGGGCCGGGGGCGGCCUGAUCUGGGGGGGCGGUGCAGACAGCCCACGGCACGGGGUGGAGGGCCCAGGGGGGCUCUGGGGUCCCUUCCAAGCCAACCGUGCUGUGAUGCGGUGACUCUACGAAUCCCCACGCUGCCGCCGCGGCACUGCUCGUCCCCACGUCGGGGCGUCAGUGAGCGGCCCCGCGGGGAUGGGACUGUUCUGCGGCCUUUUGUUUCUCCUGCUGAAGGUUCCCUUUGUUUCAGGUGCAGUCUCUCUAGCAACAAGCGCGUUCGGCUACUGGGAGCAUGGAUGACGCAAACAGGAAUUUCCGAGCAGGGAAAUACGAUCGGCGAGCCGUACAAUCCCCCCUCUGAGACAGCAGCGAUCACGUCGGCCCGGGCACGAUGACGCCCAUUUGCAGCCAGGGCAGCAUCUGUGGGUCGCCCUCUUGUCCCCAAGCCAGACAUCUCCAGCCCCUUCCUUCGUGCUCCCUGGCCUGUUGCCCACGUUGCCACCACCCGGGCACAGUGCUCAUGUCCCCACCCAGCCUGGCUGUUGGGAGUGGGAGAGGACCAUGCCUCAUAUGGAUAUAAACCCCCGCUGACCCGCGCCAGCCGUCGGCAUCCUCGGGAGCACCAUGAAGGCCACCGGUGUUCUGCUUGUGGGUAUCCUUGCGCUGUGCACACAGCUGCAGCCAGCUGCCACGGCCGCUGUAAUCAUAGUAAAAGCCGGCGUGUGCCCGGAGCCAGCAGCGGAAGAAGCGAACUGCACGAUGGGGUGCCAGUCCGAUGGCGACUGCGAGAGCACCCUCAAGUGCUGCCCGGCGGCCUGCGGCAAGGCCUGCCAGGAGCCCAACGCUCGGUUGGCUCUGAGCUCUGUUGCUGAGAUUGCUGCCAGGGACAGAGAGCACGCACCCGCUGCACUUCACAUCCUUCAGGGAGCAUCAGCUGCACACUGUGUCAGCCCCAGCACCGUCCUGCAUCCAGCUCUGAGCUCAAGGAGGGUCCCUCAGCAGUGCCCUCUCCAGCUCUGCACCAAGCACAGCCCCACAGCUGCACUGCUGCAGGGCGCUCAGCAUGCUCAGCUCCAGGAGCUGCAGCACGGCCCUGCGCACUGUGCCGGGGACAGCAGGUCUCAUGCCGCGUCCUUCGCCUUGCAGAGAAACCUGGCACCUGCCCAUCCGUGA